AUGGUAGAUGCAACCUUGAGCCUAGCCAAGCAAUGGCACCUGCUGGCUUUGGUGUUGGGCAUUUGGCUUUGCCUGGUCGGCAUCGGAGUUGUGCAGGCCGCCGGCGAUUCCAGUGAAGAUCCGAAUAUGUUAUCCUUUCCAGCGCAUUGCAAAUGCUCAUUGAGCAUGAGCUGCAACUGUUGCCAGGGCGCAGUCAUUAAGUCCAUGGAUGUGAACAAGACGCUUUGCAUGACAUUUAAAAUAAAUGUACUCAAGGCCUCGGUGGAUGUGACUGUUACGCUGGACAACAAUGAAGUGUCCAAGUUUACUCUCGAUUCCAAGACCACGCCUAGUAUUUGUGUGCCCGUGCUAUCACAAAUAACGCCCAUGGCGAUAUGCCUAAAGAUGAGCACCAAACUGUCGGGCCUGACGAACAUCAACAUGUGCCCAAGUUUUUAUAGCAGCUUUUCAGAAAACCAGCUGAUGGCCUUUGAUUUUCCCUGCCUCAAACUGGGCACGGAUGGCAUAAGUAUUGCCUAG